CAAAACAUUUCUCAUUCUCAUAUACUAUAUAGUUUAGGUCUAUGAGUUCAUUUAAUCCAAUUAAAGGAAAGCAUUUUUUCUGCAUCACUUGUUACAAGAAAAAAUAUCAAAAUGAACGUGAUACAAGCAGUCAAGAUGUAUAUAACGAAGAUGACGGAGGAAAGUGGGCCAGGAAUGAAAGUUAUUCUUAUGGAUAAAGAAACUACAAGUAUAGUGAGCAUGGUGUUCAGCCAGUCGGAGAUCCUUCAGAAGGAGGUGUACCUGUUCGAGAGGAUCGACAGCCACUCCAAGUGGGAUAACCUCAAGCACAUGAAGUGUAUUGCCUUCCUGCGGCCCACUUCAGAGAACAUAGCUCUGCUUUCUAGAGAGCUGCGGUACCCGAAGUACGGUGUCUAUUUUAUAUAUUUCAGCAAUGUGAUCUCGAAGGCAGACAUCAAGACGUUGGCCGAGUGCGACGAGCAGGAGGCGGUGAGAGAGGUGCAGGAAGUGUUUGCCGACUACCUCGCUGUCGACCGCCAUCUCUUCUCCUUCAAUAUCGUCGGGUGCUUGCAUGGUCGAUCUUGGAACCAGGCGCACCUGCAGCGCUGCGCGCAAGGCCUCCUGUCCGUGCUGCUCUCCCUCAAGCGGCGCUGCGCGGUGCGCUACGAGGCGGCCUCGGAGCCCUGCGCGCGCCUGGCCGAGCGCGUGCGCGACCUGCUGAGAAGGGAGGCCGCGCUAGUGGACAACAAUGUGCCGAUCAAUGGCGACCUGCCGACGCCGCAGCUGCUUAUUAUUGACAGGAGGGAUGAUCCUGUCACACCACUACUGAGCCAGUGGACGUACCAAGCGAUGGUGCACGAGCUGCUGACGCUGCACAACCACCGCGUGAGCCUCGCGCACCUGCCCGACGUGCACAAGGACUUCAGGGAGGUGGUGCUGUCCGCCGAGCAGGACGAGUUCUACGCCAAGAACCUGUACUCCAACUUCGGCGAGAUCGGGCAGACGAUGAAGUCUCUCAUGGAAGAGUUCCAGAAGAAAGCCAAGAGCCACGAGAAAGUGGAGAGCAUCGCGGACAUGAAGAGCUUUGUGGAGGCUUACCCGCUCUUCAAGAAAAUGUCGGGCACAGUGACGAAGCACGUGACAGUGGUGGGCGAGCUGUCGUCGAUGGUGGCCAAGCGGUCACUGCUGGCCGUCUCCGAGCUGGAGCAGGAGCUGGCCUGCCAGAGCGACCACGCCAAGCAUCUACAGCGCCUAAAAGCCCUGCUAGCCAACGACUCGGUCCGCCACCACGACGCGGCCAAACUAGUAGCUCUGUACGCCCUCCGCUACGAGAAGCACGCCUCCAACGCCCUGGGGACCCUCGUCGAAGCCCUGAAGGCGCGGGGCUGCCCGGAGCCGCUUGUCAAGAACGUACUGCUGGUGCUGGAGCACGGAGGCGCGCAUGCGAGGCAGAGCGAUCUCUUCGGGCUGCAGGAUGCUGUCAAAAUCACUAAGAGGCUGUUCAAGGGCCUCAGCGGCGUCGAAAAUAUCUACACCCAGCAUACACCCCUCCUCAAAGACACCCUUGAAGACCUCAUCAAGGGCAAGCUCCGUGAAAACCUCUACCCGACCCUCGGCGGGGACGAGGCCUACGGCCGUCGGCCCCAGGACAUCAUAGUCUUCAUCGUCGGUGGCGCCACCUACGAGGAGUCCUUGUGCGUUCAUCAGAUCAACCAAGCGUACCCUGGAGUCAGGGUGGUGCUUGGUGGGACGACUAUACAUAAUUCGGCGUCGUAUUUCGAAGAGGUGAAGGCAGCGAUGCAGGGCGUGCACAGGAUACAUACGAGGCAUAUUAGGAAUGUUUAGAGCAGCGGUGGGCAACCAAAAGGUUGCCCACCAAAAAGCAGCCAAGGGCCACAUAGUAGUUAACGGAGGUGACGCGGGCCGUACUUUGUUAAUAUUUAUGACUUUAUGAGAAAUUGUCGUUUGUCACUAUUACAUACAAAAUAGCCAAGGCGGCACUCGGGCCGCAAGUUACAGGUUCACGAGCCGCAUGAGGCCCGCGGGCCUCAGGUUGCCGACCGCUGGUUUAGAGUAAUCGAAUGCUUGCCAGGCUGGGAUGAGUACUAGUGUGUCCAUGCAUUCCAAUAUUUUUUUAAAUCCAUAGAUAUUUAUAAAAUUUAAUCCGCAGCACGAAUAUUGUACGAUUCUCACCGACCGGCUGGAAGCGGGCCGCGCCGGAGCGCAUUUUCAAUGUAUACAUUUUUGUAUGUCAGAAGAGAUGGAGUCUGUCCGGAGCCGGCCGCGUCCGCGAGGAGGGGUUAUUCCCAAUAGUUACCACCAAGUUCUUACCAUUGGUUACUACUGGGAAUUUUUUUCCCACCUUUUACCACUGGGAAAAAAAUUCCCACUAGUUACCACCAACUCGGCUUAGCUUGGGAAUAAAAAUUCCCAGUAGUUACCACUAAACCGAGUUGGUGGUAACCCGCGAGGAGCCGACCGGCUUGCUUGCUUUACAAAUGUAAUAAAAUGCGCUCGUACAUAGUGGGAAUCGUACAUAAAAGUUGAAUUGGUGAACUACCAAAUCUUGAGGACUUAGAUUAUGCUAUGCGUUGGCAGUUGUUUCUUUUUGUCACAUAUUUCCGCCUCAAAAAUGAAUGAAGCGUGGCAUGCAAACGAGGCAUAUGUUUAUGCAUGUUAUUCCCAGUAGUUACCAUUAACUUACUGUAGUUACUGUUAAAGCUAGUAACAACUAUCAGAUAUGUCGGGAACCAGUGUUACCAUAUUUUUGAGUGCCUGGCCGCUCUGAUAUAUUUGAUGGCAUCUGUCAUCAGGUACAUCAAUUAUUUGUAUCACGGGUAUGGUGGUAACUGCUGGUAAUAACAUUAUCCAACUCUAGUAUUUUUAAGCUUUACCAUAUAAGCAAUUUAUUUAUUCCCCUAAUCUUAAGUAUUGUACAUGGUAUAAUAAUAUACUCCGCCUGGUACUCUCUUCCCGUCUUUUCGUGGUCACGUGACUGACACAAGCCUACGUCAUCAUGCGACAGCUCGGAGUAAAUAUCUAUGGAGUAGAGACGCGCACUAAUUUCUAUCUGAAAAAUUCUGUCGUUUUUGGCGCGGGGGACGAGGUAACGCACACAAAUAAUGUUAACACUAAUGCAUUUUUAGCAUACGUCGCUACACACGCACACGACAAAAUUAUCAAACACUAGCAAAAACUAUAUUCACACAAGUACAAGAACAAACACGGACAACCCUGUCCGUGAACGAGAUGACGUCAGUUCUAAGUAAACCUAGAUAGUGCGAGGGACGCGUCGAUAAUAUUGUCGAUAAAAUUGACAAUGAAUUUUAAUUUCUGCUUUUAUCAAUUAUAAUAAUAAUACAAUAUCAAGUCUUUGUUCUUUUUUACUAACUUUCAAUUUUUGUAUUGUUUAGAUGUUAUUUCUAAUAGUUUGUCAAUUUGUUUAGGGCCAAUCUUGCAAGCUGAUAUAGAAUGAUCUUUUAUUAUCAGUUCAUUAGUUGAUAUUUUACAUGUUGGUUUACUUCUGAAAGCAAUGCAAUAUACUAUCGAGCAUGCAGAUCUGCAUGAUGACAGAGAUGAUACGCGGCCAUAGGAUGUCAUUUAAGGGAUAUUGAGUAGGGGAUAAUUAGUAUAUAUAUCGGCGGUAGAUCGUAAAAUCGGGCAUAUUGAGAUAUUCCUAGGCAUAUCAUGAAACGCCGCCAUUUAAUAAUCUGCCUUUUGCAUUUUUUGCCACUGCUAGUGCUGCAUUCUAUGUGGCAUUUGGAGCAGAAUGCGUAGAUACUAGGUAGGUACUAAAAUCAUACCCAAACACGUACUAUAAGUAGGAUGUCAAGCCAUUUCAAUGGUUAUCAUUUGCUAAAAUUUAGGACAUCCUACUUAUUCGAUAUGCCUAAAUGUUGAGGUUUGAACGGUAUGGCUGGUGGUCACUAGUCAGAUCAUGACAUGCCGGCGUUUCAUGAUCUGCUUAGGAAUAUCACACCUUGAAGUUAGCACGAUAUGGCUGGUGGUCACUAGGCAGAUCAUCAUCUGCCUAGGAAUAUCACACCUUGAGGUUUGUACGAUAUGGUUGGUGUUCGCUAGUCAUCAUGACCAUCUGUAUAUUAUUCAUUAUGUUUAUAUCGAUUUUACCGAUAUUGGUUUUUAUGGUGUCCCAUCACUAAUAUUAGUACGGUGAUACCAGAGUAAUAAAUUAAAAGUGCCUAUUUAUGGAAAGUGACAGCCGUAAAUACCUUAAAUUAAUAAUAUAUCUGACAUGUUAAAUAAAAAUAUAUAGCUGGUCAAGCAAAUCUUGUCAGUAAAAAAGGCGCGAAAUUCUAAUUUUCUAUAGGACGAUAUCCCUUCCCGCCUACAUUUUUCAAAUUUGCCGCCUUUUUCUACUGACAAGAUCUGCUUGACCAGCUAUAUGUAGAAACUAAAGGAAAAAUUAAUUUUCAAAAAAUAGUCUAUCGGUAAUUUUACUUUAUUUAGGGGUUGUGCACAAAUCACGCGAGAUGUUUUCGACUACUUUUUGAUCCCCCGUCCCCCUUUUCUUCAUUCUUAUAGAUCUAUUAAUUUGAUUAAAUAGAUUAGGUUGAUAUGAAACUAAGGUGUUAUAUAAAAAUAAUGUGUUACAUAAAUUAUAUAACAAAAAGCAUAGCAAAUAGGGCAUAUUACUGCAAUGUUCUGCCGCCAGAGUGUAGCACUAAGCUAGCUAGUAAAUUUUCUCUUUUCUCUUUAUCGCUCAAAUAUGCAAUAGUGAUAGAGAGGUUAGAUAACGAAAUUUAAAUUUUCGUGUUCCGCGGCGGACCCCCAGAUUGUGAUGGAUUGUGGUAGUCGCGCCCCCUACGCAGAGUUUCGCAUAAUAUUUCCUAUUAGAAAUUCUACUUGUACCUAAUUAAUAUUUAGAAAGUCUUCUUUAGAAUUACCCUAAAUUAGAUCUAAUAUCAUAUCACUGGUAUCACUGUCAGAUUGACAAUGUUUUUUAGUUAUUUGCAAAAUUAAUGCACUAUUUGAUAAUAUUUAGAUGUAAUAGUACUUAAAUAUGAUAAGAAACGUGUUCUUUUUGUAGACUAGACGUUUCCGAUCUCAUUUUGCAUAAGAAAACGCUGCAAUUCGGCAUUUUCGGCUCCUAUCAUUCCGCUUAGACUGACGUUUGCUGAAUGGCGUAUGACGUGUGGCAACUAGUUUUAUAUAACCUCCUUGACCGGCGGCCGCGAUCUUUUUGCAGAGGGGAACGCCUGUUAAUGGCCGCUCCAUAGAUAUUUACUCCGAGUGCGACAGCGCUGUAUGAUAAUAUGCGAUAGCGCUAUAUAAAGUGGCAAUGUUAUUGUGACGUAGGCUUGUGUCACUCUGGGAAGAGAAGACCAUGUUUUAUUAGACUUUGGUAUUGUAAUUACAAAUAAAUGAAAUAAAACACGUGACUGUUGUGUUCAAAACACGUUUUUUUUACUUUUUUAUUGAAAAAUAAUUGCGGCCACAGAUGUUCGUGGUGAACAAUUACGAGUUAUUUAAAAAAACCAUCCUGCCAUCGAGUUUGGCACAGAGUGC